CGGUCCCGAUCACAGCGCGACAGGGAGCGGCGGCGGAGGAGGGUGAACCUGGCCGAGCAGCGGGCCACGUCCCUGUCCUCCGGCUCCGACCGGGAGGGGACCAACGCUGUCCUGGGUCCGGGUGGGAGGGAGUGUCGGCCCGGGUUUGGGAGACACAGGCCUCCCCGCCGGAGGAAGAGGGAGUCUGUGUCCUGCGAGGAAGACAUCAUCGAUGGCUUCGCUAUUACGAGCUUUAUCAGUCUGGAGGCGCUGGAGAUGGACUGCUCUCUGAAGCCCAGUCAGCGCACUGAUAUGCUGGGAAGGAGGAACAAGGGGAAGAGAGGGCCAGAGGAGAACGGUGGGGGGCCGCUGUCGGAGCCGGAGGAAGGAGCCCCGCACAGCUACUCCAGCAGUUGUUGGAACAAAAGCCGAAACAAGAGGAGAAGAAUAGAGCGACACCCUUUGGAGACGGGCUACAUUUGUGACACAGAGAGCGAUACAGGAGACAAGGCCUCCGACAAUGACAUGGACCCAGUCUUCACAGUCAGUACUAGGAAAGCUGUGGAGCCUGCCCCCUCAAACAUGGGCACAUCGAUGGGCAAGAGCUGCCCGCCUCUACCGGCCCGUUGUGGCGGCGUCUCGCGGUUGAUGGUGACCCCGAGAGUCUCUGGCCUGGAGCGAAGCCAGGAGAAAAGCUUGGAGCAGCAUUUCCCAGAGCCGGUUUGUUCUUCUACCUCCUUCUCUUUCCUGCCUUCCCCGGUCAAAUCCUCAGGCACCGUCCCCCGGCCCAACGGCAGCCGCCACAACGGUAGUCCCCCGCUCUCCAAACCCAAAUCCUUCCUCGGUUUGCCUGGACGCUCUCACUCCAUCUACAACAGGAGCAGCACCCCAGUCAAACCUCCUUCCUCUGCUUCAUCUGUUGCAUCUUCCUCAUCCUCCAUGCGCCCCCCGACUCCCUCCACCAGUGUGUCGCUGCCCUACAACAGGGGCUCAGGAGUCUCAGGGCCCCUCCGACCCCCAUCCCGAGCCAGCUCUGGGGCCCUAUUUACGUCCUCACCUGGCCUGCCUCCCCCUCCCCCUCUGCUCCAAGGUCCUGCCCACUCAACUGCAGCAGAUCAGGAAAUAAUGCGUCACAACUUAAACUCACACUACUUGAAUUCACAAGACCGCGAGGGCAGACGCAGCGUCCCAGGGGCUGAAAAUAACGCAGCAGCUGCAGGCCGCUCCACUCCCGGUGGUCCAUCAGCAUCGAGCUCCGCCCCGGGUUCAUCGGGCCGGACGUCGCAGAACCAGUCGAACAUCCCACCCAUGGCCUUCCAGUUCCAUCAGCACAACCACCAGCACCAACACACGCACACACACCAACACUUCACACCCUUCCUGCACCCCACAGCUACCGCACCGCCUCUGUUUGAUAAGUUUCCUGGCAAAAUGGACGGGCUGUACCGACACACUUUUUUCCAACAAUACCCACCGCCCUCAGUGCCGAGUAUCCAGCCUGUGAUUCCUCCCACUGGGCCUUUCAGCUCCUUGCAAGGAGCAUUUCAGCCAAAGCCUCUUGUCCCUCAGGGAACGGGUCCUGAUAUAAGCGCACGACUUGGGGUUGUGCCUCACCACCUGCAGCCCAAAGACCCCAGGCUAACUGAUCCAUUUGGGACAUCGUUGAAAAUCAGUAAUAAACCAGGAAAAUGGUGUGCUAUGCAUGUAUACGUGGCCUGGAUGAUUCUAAGAGAUCAGAAAAAAGAAAAGCUGAUGCAGGCUGAUCCUCACAAGUCUGGGGGACUGGGACCCCUGGGGCCCAUAGGAGGAGCCCUGCCUCCCACUCAUGAUCUGACCAGGCCUCCCAGUCUGUUCUCAGCGACAGGGCCAGUCAAUCCGUCCUCAGCUCCUUUCAUCUCUCCAUCAACGCCCCACUCCUCUUUCCUCGCACCAGCUGCACACUUGGAUCUGUAUGGCCGAUCCCCACCCUUCACCCCACUGGGAGCGCUCGGUUCUGGUGCCUUUGGAGGACUUGGCAGCCCAACAAUGGCGAGCACACCAGCUGGUGUGGUUGGAGGCUUACCCAACCCCAACCAUCAUGACCCGUGGAACCGUCUACACGGUGGCCCAUCUGUGUUCCCGCCCGGCCCCAGCUGGGCUAAAGGAGCAGAUAAGCGGGACGAUAGGGAUCGAGGGAAGGAAGGCGAGAGGAGAGACAUCCCCCACAUCAAGGAUGAAAAGGACAGAGACAAUAUGCUGUAUGGCCGACAACCUGUGAGAAUGUCUCCAGUUGCCUCUUCCUUCAAGCCCCGCAGUAGCACCCCAGUUUCCCACAUUAACGGCCACAGCAGUGCCCUGGGUGGGAGCAGUGGCCCCAUUGAGGACCUGACACGCAGCUUAAGUAGAGACAGAGAGCGCGAGCGAGACAGAGACGGAGAUAAGAGGCCAACGGUGUCUUCACGUGGGCUGCCUGUUGGCUCUUCAUCUUUAGUAGCAGACAGGGACAGACCGCGGUCUUCCUCGUCGUCUGUGCUCACUACUCCCCCUCCCUCCAACCGCUCAGCCCCAUCUCCUUUGGACCUUUACCCCCGCGCACUGGCCCCAACAACACACAGCCUCCACAACGAACCCUCACACUCCCAAAGAGACGGCAACCUCCCCUCUUCCUCCGCAGCUUCUGCCUCUGUCACUUCUUUGUCUCAGGCCAAGAAGUCUGACCGGACCACAACGCCCGUCUCCAAACCGCCACUGCUUCUUCCACCAGUUAAAGUCAAAGAGGAGCGGAAGGAGGAGCCGGAGCACAUCCCCAUCUCCCUGCCUCCCCCGGUGCAGAACCACAGCUUUGAACGGCCCAACAGCCAUCCACACCACCAUAGUUCUGGUACCCCUUCUUCCUCCUCUUUAUCACUGACUCCCACUCCUGGUGUUCCCCUAAUGCAACAUACUCCAAACCACGCUCCUUCCCACCAACACCUUUCCCUGCUGGAACGCUCCAGGGCCAUGGAAGCGUAUCUGGGGAGCACAGCAGGUGCAGGGUUGGUAAUGGGUCCAGGGGGAGAAUGUUUUGCCCAUGGUCCAGGCCAAGGACCACUGCAGGGUCCACAUAGCUUCACCUGGGAGCCCUGGAGGGAGCUUACACCUCAGCAGCAUCAUCAGCAUCAUCAGCAUCGCAGGGAGGCUUUGGCACUUCGGUCAGAGCCUCACCUGGCCCGACUGUUCCAUCACCACCCUCCGACUUCUACCUCCGCUGCCUCCAGCUCUGCUGUCCGCCAGGAGUUUGGCCUAAUGGCCCAUCACUUUGACCGCUCUCACCUCGGACACCCGGGCGGAGGGCUGAUCGAUGAGGAGCAGCGCACCCAGAUCCUGAGGGAAGACUUUGAGCGGGCUCGCUACUUUGGGAUGCACCCACACCUCCCUCCUGGCGCUCACCUCUCGGGCCCCUCUCAUGCUGCUACUGCCGCUCACCUGGGGCAGCUCCACCGCGGCCUUCUCGCCCACUCGCUCGCCCACGGCUCUCCUGCUGCCCAGCACCACGCUGGCCUCUACACCCGUCUCGGCUCACUGAACCCACACCACGUGCCCAACGGCAUCCUGGCAAAGACCCCUGCAGGCUUGGUGGGAGCCCUGGCAGUGGGGGCCCCGCCUCCGCUCAUUCCGUCCAUCACCAGCCGGUCGUCCACACCUCCCCGCGGUUCUAGACUUGGGCCAGGUGAGCUGGCACUGUACAGCGCCCACAAAGACGGAGAGUCCAGAUAGUACAGGGACAACACUGGAGGAGAUUAAGGGAAAUGUCAGGAUCACUGUGCUGCUCUCAACCUGCCCCCCUUUUCCUCUUGCAGACUACUAACCCCUGCCCUCCCAGUAACACAACCAAACCAGUUCCAGUCCCCUGCAAAAAAAAAAAAAAAGGGGGUAACCACGACUGGCUGGAGGUGAUGGUAGGGAGGGAAAUGCAAGACUUGGAAUAUGCGCAAUGGUUCUAUCAGUGCAAUUUAAAGGUACAUGGUUUCUGUGCAUCCUUGGUGUAUUUUUUAUUUUAUACUGGCUGUUGGUUAUUACAGUAGUCGAUUUCAGAAGCUGUACGAAGAGGCAGAGGACAGCUUUUUUUUUUUUUCAUUUGUCAGGUGAAUUAUGAUCCAUGCUACUUAGCAAGCCUUUUUUCCGGUUGGAUUGGAAAUGACUUCCAGAGGGAUGUACACUGUGAAAAAAAAACAAAAAAAAAAAAAAAAACAUGUCAAGGGUUCAUCCUCAGCUUGGUUAAAUACUCACGGGACAUUAUAAAGCCCUCCUCUACAUAAAUCACCCCUGAGUAGGCAUUGUGGAUGAGGGUCUUUAGAAAUACAGUGGUAACAGUGGUGCUUUCUGUUCUGUCUUUGUGUCUUUUUGUCAUUGUGAGAAGACAAAAUUACUGAUGACACCAUUUCAACGAAGAUCCGUAAGCAUCACACCUCAGUUUCCUGCUUUACCCCCCCCGCCCCCAAAAAAAAAAAAUCUAAACCCAAACCCCUCAGCUUCACUGAUAAUGAGAUUCAACCUCUUUUGGCUUGUUUUUUUUGUUUGUUUUCAAAGGAUGAAUGGCGAAAUGAACUGUGCUACACUGUGUGAGUGAACACGGUAUUUUAGAGCUUCCUGUAACUGUUUCCCCAGUCUCCUCUUGACUAUAUGUGCAGGACCAGAUUAUAGUAGUCUAGAGAAAUUGCCUUUGUAAUUAUUAUUCUUAACAUUAAUUAUCUUCUAUAAUAAUAAAUAUAUUCACUGUUAUGUUAUUUGUCUUUGUUUCGGGUAUCAACCAGUACUCUCUCUCUCCCCAGGUAGUAAUCUGUUUCAAAUCAUGCAAAAGACAAAGCAAAAGGCUUGCUUCACAAAACUUUUUAAUGCUCGUGAACAUUAAGCCGUAUCCAUUGCAACCUCUGGCCUCUUCAAGGAUCUCAUCUAGGACUUUAUUAUGCUCAGAGGGAGGUUUGCCUUGUGUGUCAUUGGUUGUGUGUUAUAUCCAUUUGGGACUCUGGGAGCCUUGUACAUUGAACUGUCGAGUUGUUUCAUCAACGAGAGUAAGUUAUAUACAUGGAUAAGUGGGACAUCUGCUGAAGAACUGAAAAAAAAAUAUAUGUACUUGUGUCAAAAAGACAGCUAGACAGUGGGUAUCCUGAGAGGGAAAAGACUGGGUCGAUUAUUUUAAUAUGACCAUUUUAUACCUUUCAAACCCCUCCCCUAGAGACCACAAAGAUUAAUUAUUAAAUGAAUUGUUGUUUA